AGUCGGUCUCUAGUCUUCGACCAUAUACUAACCUAACCAAAAGUAUGGCUGUGUAUACUCCAAUAUGCACCAUUGAAGUCGACGAGUCCAACUGAUGACCGUGUGUUCUCUGACCGGAUCACCAACGUGAUCCAACUUUCCACACGGAUUAUCGGUGACUUACUCCCAGCGGAUGUCAUGCAGCCUGGCCGGCUUUGGGCUCUGGUGGUGCUGUGCGCCGUGUGCUGCGCGGAUGGAUGCCCACACAAGUGCAGCUGCUCCGGGUCCCAUGUGGACUGUCAGGGUCUGGGUCUGAAGACGAUACCGAAGGGGAUACCGCGCGGUGCCGAGCGUCUGGACCUGAACAAAAACAACAUCACCAGGAUCACCAAAGUGGACUUCUCCGGCAUCAAGAACCUGAGAAUCCUUCAUCUCGAGGACAACCAAGUCAGUGUCAUCGAGAGAGGAGCCUUCCAAGACCUGCGACUGCUGGAGAGACUCCGUCUGAACAGAAACAAACUGACUCUUCUCCCAGAACUUCUCUUCCAGUCCAACCCCAAACUCGGCAGACUAGACCUGAGUGAGAACCAGAUCCAGGCAGUUCCCAGGAAAGCCUUCAGAGGAAUCACCAACGUCAAGAACCUGCAGCUGGACAGCAACCACAUCAGCUGCAUUGAAGAUGGAGCUUUCCGGGCGCUGCGCGAUCUGGAGAUUCUCACCCUCAACAACAACAACAUCACCCUCAUCCCGCUGUCCAGCUUCAACCACAUGCCCAAGCUGCGGACGCUCCGUCUGCACUCCAACAACCUCCUGUGUGACUGCCACCUCUCCUGGCUCUCUGACUGGCUGCGGGCAAGACGGGGCCUGGCGCCCUUCACACAGUGCAUGGCCCCCGCCCACAUGAGGGGCCUGAAUGUCCCCGACGUGCAGAAGAAGGAUUUUGUCUGCAACGGCCCCGCCCACACCGAGACCAGGACGUGCGCGCCCCUAGUGGCCGUGUGCCCGCCCAGCUGCAGCUGCAACAACAACAUCGUGGACUGCCGCCGCAAAAGCCUGACUGAAAUACCGGCCAACCUCCCCGAGGGCAUCGUGGAGAUUCGUUUGGAGCAGAACUUGAUCAAAAGCGUCCCGCCAGGAGCUUUCUCCUCCUACAAGAAGCUCAAGAGGAUAGACCUGAGCAAGAACCAGAUUUCCGACAUCGCCGCCGAUGCCUUCAGUGGCCUCCGCUCGCUCACCUCGCUGGUUCUGUACGGCAACAAGAUCACGGAGCUGCCCAAAGGGUUGUUCGAAGGCCUGGUGUCACUACAACUCCUACUCUUGAACGCCAACAAGAUCAAUUGUCUCCGCGUCAAUACCUUCCAAGACUUGCACAACCUCAACCUGCUGUCGCUGUAUGACAACAAGUUACAGACCAUCAGCAAAGGACUUUUCACGCCACUGCGAUCCAUUAAAACGCUCCAUCUGGCCCAGAAUCCUUUCAUGUGCGACUGCCACCUGAAGUGGCUGGCGGACUUCUUGUUUGAUAACCCCAUCGAGACCAGCGGUGCCCGCUGCAGCCACCCCAGACGACUGGCCAACAAGCGCAUCAGCCAGGUUAAAGGCAAGAAGUUCCGCUGCACAGGUCAAGAGGACUAUCGCAGCCGUCUGAGCGGCGAGUGUUUCCAGGACCUGGUCUGUCCCGAGAGAUGCCGUUGCGAGGGGACCGUGGUCGACUGCUCCAACCUUAAACUGACCCGCAUCCCCGCGCACAUCCCGGAACACAUCACGGAUCUGCGGCUCAACGACAACGAGAUCGGCGUACUGGAGGCGGCCGGGACGUUCAAGAAGCUGCCGAACCUGAGGAAGAUCAACCUGAGUAACAACAAGCUCCGGGACAUCCGCGAGGGAGCGUUUGACGGCGCCUCUGGCGUCCAGGAGCUUCUACUGACCGGCAACAAGCUAACGGGACUGCAGGGGCGGAUGUUCCGGGGCCUCACGGGACUGAAAACUCUGAUGCUGCGGAGCAACCAGGUCAGCUGCAUUGACAACGCGACAUUCACGGGCCUGAGCUCGGUGCGGCUGCUGUCGCUGUACGACAACCGCAUCUCCAGCAUCGCCCCGGGAGCCUUCGCCACCCUGCAUUCCCUCUCCACCAUUAACCUCCUGUCCAACCCAUACGUGUGUGACUGUCACCUGGCCUGGCUGGGGCAGUGGUUGAAGAGGACCCGGGUGGUGAGUGGAAACCCUCGCUGCCAGAGGCCAGCCUUCCUGAAGGAGAUCCCCAUCCAGGAUGUGGCCCAUCCCGACUUUACAUGCGACGGUGGCGAGGAUAACGGCUGUCUUCCUGCAUCUGGCUGCCCGGAUGUCUGCACAUGCUCAGACAGCGUGGUGCGAUGCAGCAACAGAGGGCUGCACUUGCUGCCCAAGGGCAUUCCCAAGGACACAACGGAACUUUACUUGGAGGGCAACAUGCUGACGUCCGUGCCCAAGGAGCUGGCGGCCCUGAAGCAUCUGUCACUGGUAGACCUGAGCAACAACAGCAUCAGCACAGUGGCCCCGCUCACCUUUAGCAACAUGACACAACUGGCCACACUCAUCCUCAGCUACAACCAAAUCCGCUGCAUCCCGGUCCACGCCUUCCACGGUCUCAAGUCGCUCCGCCUCCUGACACUCCACGGCAACGACCUCUCCACGAUCCCCGACGGCGCGUUCAAUCAUCUCACCUCCUUGUCUCACCUUGCCCUUGGUGCAAACCCCUUGUACUGUAACUGCGACCUGCGCUGGCUCUCCCAGUGGGUGAAGGCCGGCUUUAAAGAGCCUGGCAUUGCUCGCUGCAGCGGACCUCCCGACAUGGCUGACAGGCUGCUGCUCACUACACCGCUCAACAGAUUUCAGUGUAAAGGCCCGGUGGAUAUCAGUCUCGUGUCAAAGUGUGCCCCCUGCCUGGCGGAUCCGUGCCAGAAUAACGGAACCUGUGUCUCAGAUGAGUUGGGAUCCUACCACUGCACCUGUCCGUUUGGAUUCAAGGGUCAGGACUGUGAAACACCCAUCAAUGCCUGCGUCAGUUUCCCCUGCUUGAAUGGAGGGACGUGUCACCUUCGCCCAGGCCUUGAAGACCACUUCAGCUGCGUGUGUCCGCCGGGCUUCGAGGGCCGACGCUGCGAGGUCAAUCCGGACGACUGCGAGGACAACGACUGCGAGAACAACUCAACCUGUGUCGACGGCGUCAACAACUACACCUGUGUCUGUCCGCCCAACUACACAGGCGACCUGUGCGAGGAGGUGUUUGACCCCUGCCUCCUCGGCUUUGACCCCUGUCAGCAUGAUUCAAAGUGCGUCCACGUCGGCCGCAGUUACAGGUGUGAGUGUCUGCCAGGGUACGUGGGCCACUACUGCGAGCACGACUACAACGACUGUCUGGAGAACAAGUGCCAACAUGGCGCAGAGUGCGUGGACGCCGUCAACGGCUACACCUGCAUCUGCAAGGAGGGCUUCAGCGGUCUUUUCUGCGAGAACCCCCCGCCCAUGAUCUUGCAGCAGACCAGCCCCUGUGACCAGACCGACUGCCAAAACGACGCCCAGUGCCUGCUGAUGGCCGGCGAGCCCGUCUGCCGCUGCAUGCCCGGUUUCUACGGCAACAAGUGCGACAAGAUGGCCACUGUCCAUUUCCUGGGGCGGGAGGCGUACGUGGAGCUUCUGGCCACUAAGUUCCACCCUACGGCGCAUAUUUCCUUCCAGGUGGCGACCGACAAAGACAAUGGCGUUUUGCUCUAUAAGGAAGAUCUCGACCCCCUGGCUUUGGAACUGUACCAAGGACACAUCCGACUCAUCUAUGACAUGGCCAACUACCCUCCGACUACAGUGUACAGCGUGGAGUCUGUCAAUGAUGGGCUUUUCCACACGGUGGAGCUGUUGAUUCAGAACCGCUCGCUCAGCCUGGUGGUGGACGACGGCGCCCCCAAGAGUCUGGGGAAUCUGGCACGCCAACCCUCUCUGGACCACAACACACAGCUAUAUAUAGGAGGCGUGCCCUACCAGGUGAUGGCGUCGGGUCUGCGGCCCAGCCCGGAGCGUUCCUCCCAGUCCUUCAACGGCUGCAUCCACAACGUCCAAAUCAACGGGGAACCGCAAGACCUGAGUUAUCGAGCCACGGGAGGCCGCCCCGUGGAGGGCAAGGGCGAUGGCGUCCUGGUGGGCUGCCACUCGUGCAGCGUGUGCGCACAAGGCACGUGCCGGGAGGGCGGCGAGAUGGGCGUCACCUGCCAGUGCCCGCCGGGACGCAGCGGGGCUUUAUGUGAGCAGAUGACGGCGCCCAGCCCGUGUCAGGGCAGCAGAUGUGUCCACGGUGUGUGUGUGCCCAAAGGGGCGUCCUACAGCUGCCAGUGCACUGCGGGCUACCAGGGCCAGUUCUGUGAGCGGCAGCAGGAGCCUCUGGCCUGUAGGGGGCACCACUGCGGGCACGGCGAGUGCAAAGUGUCGGAGGGCGGGCAGCCCAUCUGCAACUGUAUGCCCGGUUACACCGGACCCACCUGCGACACUGAGGUGGCGUGCCAAGGCGAGAUGGUUCGCGAGCAGCUGAAACGCCACCAGCCACUGCGGACGUGCGCGUCCACCAGCAAGAUCCCGCGCAUGGAUUGUCCUCGCUCCUGUCAGGCGGCGGCGCCGGCGGGCGUCUGCUGCGGCGUGACCAAGACCCGCAGGAGGAAGGUGGUGUUCCGCUGCACCGACGGGACGUCGUACUCCGAGGAGAUGGAGACGGCCCUGGAGUGCGGCUGCGGCGUGUGUCCCUUGUAACACCUCCUCACUUCUGGGGCUCUGUUGACAACUGUGGGAGAGCAUUAUUUUUAUUAACACCAUUUUUGUUUACACAUCCCGUUUGACGGUCGCCAGUUUGCUGCAGGAGAAACCACAAUGGGGACACGUGUGUGUGUGUGUGUGUGUGUGUGUGUGUGUGUGUGUGUGUGUGUGUGUGUGUGUGUGUUGACAGAGAGAAAUAUAUUGUAAGAUACAAGUGAGGGGAAAAAAAAGCAUAGAACUUAUUUUUAUUAUGGAUUUUCUUCUCUAAAAGACGAUAAAGGACUGUUUAAAUAUGUUGAUUAUACCACGUGUUACAUAGGAGGAGAAGUUAGUUUGUACCUUAUAUGAGCAGCAAAAAAGGGAUUAACAUUCUGUCAAAGUAUAAGAAAUGAUGUGUAUGUGUACAUCUAUAUAGAAAUUAUACCCUAA